AUGUCCCUGCCUGAAGACAUCAUCAUUAACAUCUUAGUCCGUGUAUCGAGAUGCCACUAUCCAACACUCUCUCUUGUUUCAAAGCACUUCCGAUCCCUCAUUACAUCGCCUUAUAUAUACACCAUACGGUCUUUGUCGGGAUGCACCGAACAUCUUGUCUAUGUUGUUCUCUAUAACAGGGACAACAAGGAUUACCGUUUGUAUACUCUCUAUCGGAACGCUAACGGCAAAAACAGUCGCUUGGUCCUUAUCCCUUGGCUUCCCGCUGUGCCUAAACGUGGAAGCUUUGUGGCGGUGGGUUCAAAGAUAUAUGUGUUUGGUACGAUCAACAACAAUGAUUUCUCAGAAAAAGAAAAGAAAUACAACUAUGGCUAUAUGCCAUCGACUGCAUACAUCAUUGACUGUAGAUUUCACACUGUGGAACCACUCCCGAGCAUGCCGCAUAUUUUCAUGUCUGAAACAAUAGCUGGCAUCAUCGAUGACAAAAUAUAUGUAAUUGGAUAUAAGUACGAUAGAGAAAUACGAGUGGUGGUGCCGGUGGUGUUGGUUUUCAACACAAAAACACAGAUGUGGGACCCUGAGGUGACAAAUCGAGACAGGCCUACAAGAAUUUUGAUAAGGGCGUAUGGUUGUGUGGUGAUGGCUAAUAAGAUUUGCACCAGGGAACUUGAAUACGACCCAAAGGAAAAUAAAUGGGAAGCCCCCGACGAGAAGCUGAGGUCAGAGGAGUGGACGUAUGCGUGUUUCAUUGAUGAUGUUCUGUAUGACUAUGAUAUGGUUGAGAACAAGUUAAGAGCAUAUGAUUCAAGAAAAAGGUGUUGGAAGACGGUGGAAGGUUUGGAAGAAUUGUUGGCUUUGAUAAGUGUUAAGAAGUUUUUUAAGACUCUGAGAUACGGUGAGAGACUGCUUUUUUGGUUUUCUAUAGAAGAAGGCGUUGGGGGAGCUGAAGAUAUUUGUUGUGCAGAAAUUUCGUUGGAAAGACGCCAAGGAGGUCAGAUUUUUGGAAAAGUUGAGUGGUUUGAUCGUGAUUUGAUUGCUGGAAAUUUUGAGAUUAUAAAACCUCUAGUUGUUAUGCUUUGA